AUGGGUUGUGAUUGUGAACAUAGAAAGUGGUGGUGGUGAAAUGUGAUUUUUAACAUAUUUAAUAAAUAUUUUAUACAAGUGCGAUCGCGCACAGAGAACCAAGAACUACUCGCAAGGUUUGAAGUUUCUGACCAAGAAUCAUUCGCCCGUCAUUGUCUCGAAGCAUCUUGCAUUUUUACCGAGGUGUUUAGCUCAUGCGAUCCUCAAUCAAGAUUUUCUGCCAUUCUUCCCUCUGUUGUGUCCUCUGAAGUACAGAUUAAAAUGCAAUCCAUAAUUAAUAGUUGAAACGUGUUGUCACCCACCAGGUCUCAAUGGGCAUCAUGAAAAUGGUACUCAACUGUAGCACAUGCUUAGUGUAAUUUAAUUGAUCCUGAUUUUUGGAUUUAUGCAACAAGAAGCUUUCUGUUAAGAAAAGUUCCUGGCAACACUCUCCCCCUUUUUUGAACCAUUCAAUUGGCUGUGGUUAUUUUUCACUCCAUGAUGGCACCUCCAAAGAAGCUAAGUAUUUUUGCUCAAAGAAUGAAAGCACAACGACUGGAGAAAAUGGAUGAUACCCCAGUAGCUGCAGAGGAGACGUCCGACACCUGUAAUGAGCCCUCAUCUUCAAAUUUUGGUGACCGAAGCUUUAUUGUGAACAGCUUAGAUGCCAAUGCAAUCCACAAUGAGAAUAUCGAAAAAUUAAAAGAUCUUUCAAUUGUAGAAAUCAAAGAAGAGCAAAAAAGAUUGUUGAAAGAAUUAGAUCCUGCCUUGGUCCAAUUUUUACGAGCUAAACGGGAGAAAGCUUUGCUUCAAUCUGUCGAACCUCCAAUGGUAGAGAACUCAUCCCAUAACUCCAUUUCUGAGGAAGAGACGAAACUUUCAAGAGUUCCUGAACUAGCAAAUAAGUAUAUUCAUAUGGAUGUCGUUGAAGAGGAGAAGCUAAAAUGGUUAGAAGAUCUACCUCCUCUCCCACCAAUACCACCGGAUGCACCAUAUACAGCUCGAUUUGAUUUUAAUGGUGUGUUGCUGCCUUACACUGACGGUACUGAUAAAACAUUAAAUGCUGGCCUACACCAUCAUGGAGAGGAUGCGCAGAGGCCUGGCUACACUUUACAAGAGCUACUUCAUCUAAGUCGUAGUGCUGUGACCCAGCAGCGAAUACUGGCCAUAUCAAGCUUAGCAUCAAUCUUAGAAAGAGCUGAAGAGUACGAUGGCUGUUUUGAUAUUCCAUUAAGAGUACAGUUGAUGAAUCCAGAGCUCUUCUUAUUAAUAAGGUUCUCCCUUGAUGAUAAAAUUAAAUCAACUGUUAUGACCUCAUUACGAGCCUUAUGCAAUCUUCUGGUCUGCCAUCUUGAUGAGCUUUGCUUUGAUCGAGAAUUAGGUACUUUUUCAGAUGUAUGUCAGCCUCUAAUGUUUAUUGCCGUUGAAGAUUUGCACAAAGAAGAGAAAGAAAUAAAAGAUGUUGAUAUUCUGAAACUAGAUAUUAUUAAGGGAGCAUUACGAACAGACUUACUGCUUAGACUAAGGUAUAUCUUAGAUGAAUUAAGACCAGAACCAAUGGAAAUUGUUUAUGUUAUCAAAUGUCUCAUUAGAAUUGUACGCCAUUCCUACGAAUCGACCCUACUUCUCAUCAAGUGUCCAGGUCUUCUAGAAACCGUCCAAAAAAUAUUGCUGUUGCAGCCCGGUCCUCACACUAUCGAAACCCUGAAAUUCUUUCGGUUGAUUGCAAGCCAUGGCAACGGUUUAGCAUACCAUCUACACGAACAGAAAAUCUUGAUUGAAAUGGCUCUCAAGUUUAUUGCAGCUGAGCAUGAAGGAAACAAACAGAGCUCAGUUCUCCUGAUCUGCGAGUGCUUCCAUUUCUGGGACACGUUCAUCCGUUACGGGAUCGCUCUCAACAAGAUCAGUGAAUUUUCUUUUGUAAUUCACAAACUUCUCAUUUUUCAUCUGAACUCUACAUCCAUCACUUCAAAUGAGUUAGAUAUCAGUCAUUGUUGCAGUUUAUUUGUAAUGCUGGAAUCAGCAGCUGCUGUAAGCUACCAUUCUGUCGAAGAGUUCGUGCCUACUUCUGUCGAGUGUUGUCGCAAGUGGCUCACUCAGUUGACCUCAAGUUGCGAAGUAGAUUGGUUUUUCUGUAAACUCUGUGGCCUUGUGCUUCGAUUCCUAGCUGUGUUCACAAAAAAUUCCAGUGUGAAAAAUAUUAUAGAAGAAAGUUUGCGCAAGUUAAUUCUCAAUCCAAGAAUCAGUCAACUCGGACAAAAUCUAGUCUCGAACUCGUGGUUGUUGAAAGGUUCAACGAAGAAGUCUCCUGACAAUAUACUUGUCCUUGGAAUAGUUCCACCCACAUUAAGAAAACAGUCUGUGCUUCCUCUGUUUUCUAGUAUAGUGCAAUUUUUUCUGCACAAUCCUUAUGAAUGGUCAGAGGCAUUUUUGAGGAAUGAAUCCAUUCAAAGGUAUUUCAGUGAAAUUACCCAAGACACAAGCAUUCAUUCAAGAAGUAGUUGUAUUUAUGCCAGGCAUGAAAUUUUAUUCCUAGUUGAUUGUUGUAAACUAUUUGCAAUGUCACCUGUAGCAGAGUUCACGAAAAUUUACCAUGAAUUAAGUUUGGUUUUGAUUUUAUGCAUUCAAACGAAUGAUAAAGCUAGUUUGUCCGACUUGUUUAAACUGAUAGUUUUCAAUCAAUCGUUUUUUACCAAUGCCAAUGCCCAAAUAGAUAUGCAUACAAAUCAAAUCCUGUUAGAAGAUGGUCUCCAAAAAUUAAAUUCCAUAUCUGAGUGUUACCUCCAGUUACUAAAUCUUACAUCCUGUCCUGUAAACAAAAGUUGCCGUGCUUCACUAUUUUCUUCAGAAAAAGGACUCGAGCCUGCUUUGCCGACAGAUUGGCAGUUCUAUCCAAUAAUGCAGCUACAUAAUUCUCAAAUUACUGAAAACCUCUCAGGAGUCUUAGAAGUUGCACUUUACUGGAUUUAUAUUCUAGAGUGUCUCAGACCCGUCAUCGCCAGCAGAACCUCAGUCACAGCCCGAUUUUGCCGUUUAUGUUGCGUCUUCUUGAUUGAGAAUGAUUUGUUCCGGGAUUUUCCGCUACUGUUGAACGCAAUUCUGAUGAAGUUUUUGCAGUAUAAUGAUAGCUUGGACUUCGAAAAGCCUAUCUCUGGUCUGACGUCAUUUUAUGACUUCUAUCGUGAACUACUGGAGCAGUUGAACGGUGUGUCAUAUAAUGACGAAUCCUUCAGUAACUUCAUCGUGGUUCCCUUACAACAGAGGCACAGUGAUCGGUUCCGGAAACUUGUUUGGAGUGAACAGUCACCAACCAUCAGAUUUUUGGGGACACCGUUGGACAAGUACCUUUUGCCUCUGCAGAAUUAUCUUGAGCCUGUGGAAACGGAUGAAAGUUUACUCACAACUUACCUGUAUUUCUUAGCAACUAAUAAAGUUCGAAUGAACUGGAGUCCUCUGCUUUAUAACGUGGCUCUCCAUCACGUGGCCAUGUUUAUUAAGUUGCACCCUGAUCUCACUUGUGCAAAAAUCUUGCUCGGAAGGAUUAACGCCUUAGGAAAUAAGGAGCUACAGUCAAAUUUACUCAACUAUCAGUAUGAGAUCAGUGAGUCGAUGUAAUGGGUCUAAAAUUCCUAUUGUACUUAAGAUUUUAUGAGAAGACUUACAGGAGCAUUUGUAAUGCUUUUGUGUAAGUGAAUUUGUUCCCAAGAAGAAGAAUGUGAAGAUGUCCCAAACAUCUUACUAUAUAUCGAUGGUGACUCACCUAAACCAGGGUCGAGUUCUAUCGGACUAGGAAUUCCCUUAAGAGCAUGAGUAAAAAUCCCUGAGCAGCCAUUAGUGUGCAAACUUGCGUAGGAUCUUGGCAGCUCACUGCAUUUAUUAGAUGUCAAACAUCACACCAAGUCUGAAAGACCGAACCGGCCUCGAACAGGUUUUUGCCUCGAACCGGUUUUUAGUUCUAAUCGGUCAUGACUAGAGUCUUCAGAAAAACUUAUUUUUGUACCUUUACUGUGGAAGGUUAAUAGUAUAAUAUAUAUUUUUGUCAGAAAAACCA